AUCAGAGAGAGCACCGUCUCAGCCAAUCGUCUGGAAGCUCUGAGAUUUGAUUCGUUUUCAUUGGUUAUGAAGAAUGUCCGAAAAGGUCGAGAAAGGUCGCGUUCGUUGUGGUUGGAUUUCCUUGCAAUCUGAGUGGAGCAAUGUGAUUUUGAUUUAAAGCCCCCGGUGUUGUAUUAACUGCGAUUAUAAGACCAGCGGUUUACGUAUUUUAUCAAUGAGCCAACACAUUGUAGUUUUCUCUCUACGAGGGAAUUUUUUAGACAGGGUAUUGCAGUGCUAAAGAGUCUUCGGAGAAGAUUGCUCUAUAUAUAUACUGAAUAUGAUCGUUCAAUGCUUAAUGUAAACGAGGUAUUUGGAUAUCUAACGCCUGUGAAUGUUACCUUGGUGUGACUAUGUCGUUCGAAAUUCAAAGUUCAGGCUGAGGACAUUCUUUUCGCCGUCAAGAUAUGAAAACUGGACUCGAACGUGAAAUUUGCUCUCUCGAAUGUUUGCAAACUUUACACGAAUACGCUGAAAUGUGAAAUACUCAAGAAGCAAAGUUUGUUUUUUCAAAGUUCACAAUUACGAUACAAUGCGGUCGAUAAGAAAUACUGUUUUGUUUUCUUCCUCAAUAACACUUUUGAAAAUCUUGCACGUUGUGGGUCUUGUACCGUAUAUCACAGAUAACAGUUCAGAGCGACUGAAUUUGGAUGACGGAAAGUGGGUGGGGGCGGUAACCGCCCGUGAGACCUUGUGGGCAGAGGCCGCGUUCGCGCACGUGAAGAAAUUGAACUGUAGUGACAUCUUUUUUACUUCUUCGAAAGAGUGUCAACGUUUGAUGCUUGUUCAUAAGAGCUCGUAUAUCGUGCACGUGGCCCCGUUUUCGCCCCAGGGGGAGUACGACGUGAUUUUGCCGGAUGAAAAGCUUACAAGGAGGAACACCCACGAGGGGGUGCUGGUUUUCGAUCCCUACCCACAUGCGAACUUUGGACAUCUUGUGAUUGUAUUUGUGGUAGACGUAAGAAGCAAAUUUAAGUGUGAGCAUAAAAAGGGAAUCUAUAUCGAUUCGACACGAGAUUGUUUGACGUUCGCCAUGAAAAAGAGAUGUAGAAACGCCAUUAAACGAAACAGUAAGCGGAAACACUGGGCGCGGCGCUGUGAAAUCAACUUCCUUCCGGUUGUGCACGUUCGGAAGUCCUCUAAAUCACAGAGGAAAGAAAAAAAGUAUAACUAUCUAAAGUGUUGGAAAGGAAUAGAAGGUUUUGGACAAUGCCCGGAACUGAGGCCAGAGAACGAAACUAAAGACCUUAUUUGUAACCCUAUUCGUGAUAAUACAAAACGGUGUUCAACCACCCAUGAAACAGUUCACACGAGCUGCAGGGUGUUCGAAAUUUGUGACCAAGCUGUGAUGUUGUCAGGCGGUUGGAACCGCGAGACGUCGGGUGUCCGAUUCAAACGGAAUUUAGCGGAAUUUUACGUCAUGCUACGAAACUACGGCUUCAAGAAGCGAAAUAUAAAAAUGUUCUACGCCAAUGGAGCCUCUAACUUUCACAUUCCCGGUGAGCAUGCGCAUCAGGUACAUCCGGCGGCCAUGAAGUAUGCCUUCCGCUAUCACGUACAGAAGCUUUGCCGCGUUCCCCAUUGCGUCAAUUCCUUGGUGUUGUACCUUAAUAGUCCCGCUAAAAACGACGGUACUAGCCUACUGUGGGACCUCGAUGAGGACGGAAUCGCUGACAAUUCCGAGGAGUAUACGAUACGGGAGCUGAAAGAGGAUUUGGAGCUGUGUGCCGCUAACUACGUCCAUUUGGUGGUAGACCAAAGUUUCUCGGGCGACAUUGCAGACGCAUUCAAGAACUCGAAACGUCAUCGCAACGUCAUCGUUUUCGCCAGCGGCGACAAUAAUGAAUAUGCAUACAAUGACGAGUACUCACGUCACUGGACGAGGUCAAACCACACGUUUGACUGCACGUGGGACAUUCAUGAGCACAGCAAAAAUGCAAUAAAACAUUCCACACCGGAAGUAAAGGAAGGCGAGAGGGGUGAGGUCAGAACGACGAUUUUCGGCUCCCCUUGUAAUGUAUACCCGCCGUUCUCAGCCAAGGAACUUAGACAGGAUUACCUAGGAUGUCAGGCACUGCCGACCGCUCUAUGGAUCAAGAAACUGUUGUCAUCGUCGGAAGAAACUGAGUUUGGACAAGAUUAUGCAAAUGAGCCCUGGGCAUAAUUGUUUGGUCACGUGACCCUCCAAAGCACAGAUGGUAUCGAGUGCUAUGUACAUGUACUAUUGUGGUGUUAUUGUGAUAAAUUGCGUCACAAUUUUUUUCCCAUUUGUGAUUCCACGUCAGAUAUAUGACUAUUCGUUCUGAAAAAAAAAUCAGAUCAUCAGAUCAACGUACUGAAAGUACUUGUUGCGCUGUUUAUAGCAACUUGAGUAUAACGCACAUUUUGAAUAAAUGUUGUUGACAUUUUAUCGCCAUUGUGAUUUCAGUGGUCUCAGACAUUUUGAGAAAUAAAGGACAGGCCAUUCAGAUGGAUGACAUUUUAUUGGAUGAACAGUUUCUGUCUAUUUAAUAGGACUGGACAAGGCAAAAUGAGAAGAGAUUCUGACAAUUUGUGUCAUAUUUAUAUUUGCAUUUGUAUUAUAAUAUUUAUUACAGUUUUUUUAAAUAAUGCAUUGUAUGUGUUGUUGUGCAAAUGUUGUUACUCCUUUCAACUUGUUUUUAAUCAUGAUCGUUAGUACAUGUACAUGUAGUUUGAAAGAACGAGAUAAAACAUCGUUCUUUGAUGAAGUACUGUGUGAUACUUACAAAGUAUGAUGCUUAAAUAUCAUUUGUUAUCCUCUCCUCCCUUCCCAGCACGCAGAAAAAUGAAUGUCGCUCCUACAGAGACAUAUAACUUACUUAUUAACCCUUUUUAUUCAUUUUUAUAAAUAAAAAAAGCAGAUAUUUUGAAAAAUGAUUUAGAUCUCAACUCGAAAUUCAAUUUAACUUUAAUUCUAUGGCUAUAGAAUUAGAGAGCAGUGUAUUGUCCUAUGGCAAUAUAUGGAAUAUCAACUCGUCAUAUAAAAACGAUAAACCGUUACUGUAUGUUUAAAGGGGUUAAAGCCCGAUUCUGUGAUACAUGUGUACAUGUUAAUACAGUUUUUGCAAAAAAAAAAGGGUUUUUUUUAAAUUUGAAAACAGUUUUAGGCAUUUCAAAGAGAAGAAUUAUCAACUUAUUCAAUUCUAAAAGCAACAAUAACUUUUGAUUUUACAAUAACAAAGAAUUAUAGAAAGUUGUAACGUUAAAAAAUACAGAAAGUGAAGAAUUUAAAAUAAAUAGUGAACCACAUAUAA